AUGAGGAGUGCUGCAGUUUGUGUGGCGUUGCUGUUCUGUCUGCAAUGGACAUGGGCUCAGAGUGAGAGAGAAGGGGAGACAGGGAACGAUAUUAUCCAGGCAGAUAGAGGGAACAACAAUAUAGAGGUUCAAUUUGAGCUUCAGGGUGAUCAGAGCAGCAGCCAGACCAGCAUCACCCCUGACAUCUGGACUGAGCUGAAGGAGCUGAGAGACAUGGCCAUCGAACAAAAGGUGGAGCUGAGGAACAGCAAGAGCAAGAUCGAGAAGCUGGAGCAAGAUAAUACAGUAUUGGAAACCAGAAUGAGCUCCAGUGAAAACGAGGUGGAGGAGCUCAAGAGAGAGAACAUGGAUCUUCUGGCGAGAGUAACAGCAAGCGAAAAUAAGAACACAGUGUUGGAAACCAGAAUGAGCUCCAGUGAAAACGAGGUGGAAGAGAUCAAGAGAGAGAAUGCAGACCGUCCAAAGGUGGCGUUUUCAGUUGGUCUUACUGACGCGGGAGUCAUUGGACCCUUCAAUACUCACACCACACUUAAGUUCAGUAAAGUCUUCACCAAUAUCGGCCAGGCCUACAACCCAACUACAGGUAUCUUCACAGCCCCAGCCAGAGGAGCCUACUACUUCAGAUUCAAUGGGUGGGGUGUAUUAACUUCAACUUAUAUAAGUGUUUAUCUGUAUCACAAUGACAAGAUAAUAACUAGAGGUUACGAUGCAAAUGAUGCCGGAGGUUAUGUCUCUUUGUCUAAUGCAUUUGUUCUUCAACUGGAAAAGGGAGAUGUGGUCUACAUGGUUCAGAUCUCAGGCUAUCAUAUUUUUGAUGAUACGUAUAAUCGUACCACUUUCAGUGGAUUUCAGCUUUUUGCUCUGUGAAGUCAUCUGUAAAACACCCAGUCCAUUUUUAUUAAGUUUCAACAUCACACUAUUAAAAAUAUGUGUGCUAAAUAAAUCAAGAUAACUGCU